CGACGCCGCCCUCGGACGACGACGCGAUCGAGAAGGAGGAGGCGGCGGAGGCGGAGGAGGCGGAGGCGGAGGCGGAGGCGGAGCGGGAGGUGGACGUCGACGUCGCGUCGGAGGGUUCCCCCCGCGCGUCGGUCGGGUGGCGCCCCGCGGCGGUCGGGAUCGAGACGCUCGGGUCGGCCCCUUCUCGGCGCCGCCUCCUGGCCUCGGCCUCCCCGUCGAAAACCAACGCGGCGGCGAUGCCCGCGCAUCUCGUCGAGGUGGCCAAACACCGUCUCGAGAGGGGCGCGCCGCACGCGGAGACGUUUAUGAAUUUCGUGCGAAAGUUUCACAAAGCCCCGGAGUACUGCGGCGGGGAGGUGGACUCGGACGCGUUCCCGUGCCUGACGUCGUACGAGCGCGAGCAGAUCGUGUUGCACCACGAGCGCGAGAUAAACGCGCACAACGCGGGCGCGUUGGGAACCGACUCCGGGAUGCGAAAAACCGUCACGAAAUUCGCGGACAUGCUCCCGGAGGAAUUCGCGGGACUGCACGCGAAGUAUUCGUCGUCGCCAAACUCUGGCGGCGCGCGCGCGCCGUCCGAGAGCGCGGCGGGGUUCGAACCCGUGACCGUCCAGCCGCUGAGUUCCAAGCCCGCGGGAGUUCCAAGCCCGAGGGAGACGUCGAGCGCGAAGUUGGGCGCGACGGACCCGUACAACAGCGACGACUCCACGACGACGACGAAGAAGCAGUCGUGGUGGGAACGACUCAAGAGCAACCUGUACUACAUGUUCACCGAUCCGAUCGGUUUCUUCACCGGGAAAGACCCGAACACGGACGGCACGUUCACGCUCGGCGCCGUGGUCUACCCGUCGCUGUCCGACGUCCCGGGUUUACCGACGUCUCAGGACUGGACCAAGAGCGUCGACACCGGGAGCGUCUACUCCCAAGGCGACUGCAGCGGGUGCUGGGCGUACACCGCGGUGGACGCGCUCGCGGCGUCCAAGUCGAUCGCGACCGGGACGCGUCCGAACCUGAGCCCGCAGUUUUUACUCUCGUGCGACACCCUGGACAACGGGUGCGACACGGGCAACAUGGCCACCGCGUACGCGUGGAUUCAAACCUCGGGCACGGGGGUGAUGACCGAGGAUCAGUUCAGCGCGAACGGCGGGCGGUGCGAGUGGACUACAACGUCGGACGCGGCCGCGGGCGGCGCGAGCGCGUCGAGCGCGUUGGGAUGGACGCUUCGAAAGCAGCCGGUCGCGAUCGGGUUGAACGUCAAACCGCUGCAGCUCUACGGCGGCGGGAUCGCGACGAUUCGCGACUGCCCGCCCGCGUCGAGCGAUAAGAUCAAGGCGAUCAACCACGCCGCGGUGCUCGUCGGUUGGGGCGUGGACUCGAAGAGCGGGCGGCCGUACUUCAUCAUGAAGAAUUCGUACGGCGCCGACUGGGGCGAGAACGGGUACGCGCGUCUGGACAUGGGGUUCGACGAGGCCACGGGGAUGGGCGCGUGCGCGCUCGGGACGGAGUCGAAUUACCCUCGGACGGACGACCGGGCGUGCGCGGACGGGAGCACGACGAAGUGGGCGGAAAAGAGGAACGGAGACGUGUACUUGAUGCCGGACAACGUCGUCGUCCUGCCCAACGGCGGCGGGAUCGUCACCCCGAGCAGGUUUGUGAUCUUCGGGUACGACUGCGCCGGGCUCUUGAAGAUUCUCGCCAUCGCCGCGUUUUUCUUGUGCGCGUACUUUCUCUUCAGCGAGUGUCUCCACUGCCUGUGCGGUCGGGACGACGACGAGUACUACGACGCGGAGGAGGGGAAGAUCACGGUGAGGCCGCGCCGGGGGAAGCCGGGGGCGCUGUUACAGUCCGACGACCGCACCGAGAUUUACGGGAGCAGCUCCUCGGAUCGAUGA